GGAAGAGCAGAUCUGUCAUAGGUGUACCAGGCACAGACGAUGAAUGGAGCAGAUAUGAUUCACUCCCAGAGAUCUGGCUGAAAAGAAAGAGUUGCGAGCGGUGUCCUCGGGAACUCUGGAGUUUGGGCCGGGACGAACAAACAGCCCAGGGCUGCUGGCGGGAUCGCGGAGGGGCACGAGCGGGGCCGGAGCUCGAGGGGCUCUCCUUUUCCAGGGCCAGGUGCAGUGAGGAUGGUGGGCCGGGGGAGGCCCGGGGCGGCCGGCGGCCCGGCGGCUCUGCGUGGCCCCGGACGCGGCCCGGGAGACUCCCGGGACCUUCACUAACUAAGGAGAGCCGGGAGGCAGGCAGUGUGUGACAUCGCCCUGGCAUACCCCGGGUGGCGAUGUGAGCGAGAAGAGCGUGGCAGAGGGGAGCCGCGAGCGAGCGAGCGCAGAGAGCAGAGCAAAUGAAUUUGUAGGCUUUGUGUGCCCGGCUCUUUGUAUUUCAGAAGUGUACUGUACUGUCGCGGCCAGGGCUGGGGCCAUGUGCCGGGGAGGCUGCGGGGACCGGCCGCUGAGCUUAGGGACUGGCCACUCAGGCUGGGAGCCGUGAGGGGGCCGGGGGCCAGUGCGGGGAGCCCGGCACCAGGCCGGGGAGGGUGGCCAGAGAACUUCAGGUUCGGCUCUCCAGCUCGCCGCCGAAUCCCCGUAGCAAGCUUCAUGGUCCUUGUGGAGAAAGCGCUUUGAACCCACCUUCUCAGCCAGGGAGGGUCGGCAGUGUUUGAAAAUGCUCAAGCUAAAGGCCUUCUGCUUGGAUUACUGGCAGUUUCUGUGUCUCCAGCCUCUUCACGGGUUCUAUAAAAGCGUUGAGGGAGAAGCCCCUGGGAGUGAGACUGGCACCUCUUUGGACAGCCCCUCAAACUACCAUCAAGGUCCAAUAACACACAGCUCUACUCUGAGCCCUGACCACUACGACCAUUCUGCGUAUGGGCUGUACUCGGUCUCCCCAGGGCAGCCACAACGCUCCCGGAGGCCCAAGCUCCAGCAUUCCACCUCCAUCCUCCGUAAGCAGGCGGAAGAGGAGGCCAUCAAGCGGUCGAGGUCUCUUUCUGAAAGCUAUGAACUCUCCUCAGACCUACAGGACAAGCAGGUGGAAAUGCUAGAACGGAAAUAUGGGGGCCGUCUCAUAACUCGCCAUGCAGCCCGAACCAUCCAGACAGCAUUCCGCCAAUACCAAAUGAACAAGAACUUUGAGCGACUCCGGAGUUCUAUGUCAGAAAAUCGUAUGUCACGACGCAUUGUGCUGUCCAAUAUGAGAAUGCAGUUUUCUUUUGAAGGGCCAGAGAAAGUCCAUAGCUCCUACUUUGAAGGGAAGCAGGUCUCUGUGACAAAUGAUGGCACUAAACUGGGGUCUCUGGUCCAAUCUGAGUGUGGUGACAUUGUAGAACCAGCAACAAUGAAAUCUCCAGCUGCCUCCAGCGACUUUGCGGAUGCCAUCACAGAGCUGGAAGAUGCCUUUUCUAGGCAAGUUAAGUCCCUUGCCGAGUCCAUUGAUGAUGCCUUGAAUUGCCGUAGUCUACAUGCUGAUGAGGUUCCAACCUCUGAACCUAUUCGGAGCCGAGAUCUGGAACGGGAGAGCUGUGGGAGGGAGCUCAAACCUGCCCUCCAUGGGGUAGACCAUCGGAAACUGGAUGAGAUGACUGCCUCCUACAGUGAUGUCACCCUGUACAUUGAUGAGGAGGAGCUCUCCCCGCCCCUUCCUCUUUCUCAGUCUGUGGACAGACCAUCCAGCACUGAGUCGGACUUAAGACUGCGCUCUAUGAACUCUUCUCAGGAGUACUGGUCAAUGACUCACAAGGAUGACAAGAUGGAUACAGAUACCAGUUGCCGGAGCACCCCUUCCCUGGAACGUCAGGAGCAGAGGCUACGGAUGGACCAUUUGCCUCUGCUCACUAUAGAACCCCCAAGCGAUAGCUCUGUAGACCUCAGUGAUCGCUCUGAACGGGGCUCACUAAAGAGGCAAAAUGCUUAUGACCGAAGCCUUAGCAACCAGCAAGGGAGCCCCAAGCACGUGCCCCAUGGGAUCCCCGCCAAGAUCAUCCCCCGGGAGGAGCCAGAACCUCGGCAUCGGCCCCGGCCCAUCGAUAGUCAUUUGGCCAUCAAUGGUACUGCCAACAGACAGAGUAAGUCAGAGUCAGAUUACUCUGACGGUGACAAUGACAGUAUCAAUAGUACCUCCAAUUCUAAUGACACAAUAAACUGCAGCUCAGAGUCCUCCUCCCGGGACAGCUUGCGGGAGCAAACUUUGAGCAAGCAGACCUACCACAAGGAGACUCGCAACAGUUGGGACUCACCAGCCUUCAGUAAUGAUGUCAUCCGGAAGCGCCAUUACAGGAUUGGAUUGAACCUCUUUAAUAAGAAACCUGAAAAGGGAGUCCAGUACCUCAUUGAGAGAGGCUUCGUCCCUGACACGCCCGUGGGUGUAGCUCAUUUCCUUCUUCAGAGGAAAGGUCUCAGCAGGCAAAUGAUUGGAGAGUUCCUGGGGAACCGGCAGAAACAGUUCAACCGGGAUGUGCUUGACUGUGUGGUGGAUGAAAUGGACUUCUCGGCCAUGGAACUGGACGAAGCACUCAGGAAAUUUCAGGCUCACAUCCGAGUCCAGGGAGAAGCCCAAAAAGUGGAACGGCUCAUUGAAGCAUUCAGCCAGCGGUACUGCAUCUGUAACCCUGGGGUGGUGAGGCAGUUCCGGAACCCAGACACCAUCUUCAUCCUGGCCUUUGCCAUCAUCCUGCUCAACACGGACAUGUACAGUCCCAACGUGAAGCCGGAACGCAAGAUGAAACUCGAGGACUUUGUGAAGAACCUGAGAGGUGUUGAUGAUGGAGAGGACAUCCCGAGGGAGAUGCUGAUUGGCAUUUAUGAACGGAUCCGCAAACGGGAAUUGAAGACCAAUGAAGACCAUGUCUCCCAGGUCCAAAAGGUCGAAAAGCUUAUUGUGGGAAAGAAGCCGAUUGGAUCUCUGCACCAUGGACUUGGCUGUGUACUAUCCCUUCCCCAUCGGAGGCUUGUUUGCUAUUGUCGGCUCUUUGAAGUGCCAGAUCCGAAUAAACCCCAGAAGCUUGGAUUACACCAGCGAGAAAUCUUCUUAUUUAAUGACCUUCUUGUGGUCACCAAGAUCUUUCAGAAGAAGAAAAACUCUGUGACAUAUAGUUUCCGCCAGUCCUUCUCUCUUUAUGGCAUGCAGGUCCUACUUUUCGAGAAUCAGUAUUAUCCUAAUGGCAUCCGGCUCACAUCUGCUGUUCCAGGAGCAGACAUCAAAGUAUUGAUAAAUUUCAAUGCACCCAAUCCCCAGGACAGGAAAAAAUUCACUGAUGACUUGAGGGAAUCAAUUGCAGAAGUUCAGGAAAUGGAAAAGCAUAGAAUAGAGUCGGAGCUUGAGAAGCAGAAAGGAGUUGUCCGGCCCAGCAUGUCCCAGUGCUCCAGCCUGAAGAAAGAGGCUGGCAAUGGGACUCUGAGCCGAGCCUGCCUUGAUGACAGCUACGCCACAGGCGAGGGCCUGAAGCGGAGUGCACUCAGCAGCUCACUCCGUGACCUCUCAGAAGCGGGGAAGCGUGGGCGUCGCAGCAGUGCAGGAUCGCUAGACAGCAAUAUGGAAGGGUCCAUCAUUAGCAGUCCUCACAUGCGCCGAAGAGCUACAUCAACCCGAGAGUGUCCAUCUCGCCCACACCAGACUAUGCCUAAUUCUUCUUCCCUCUUAGGCUCCUUAUUCGGUAGUAAGAGAGGGAAGCCCCCUCCUCAGGCCCACCCACUCUCUGGCCCUUCACAGCCCCCUUCUCACCCAUCAGUUCUCUCCCAUCCACCACACGCUCAACAUCCUUCCAGCGGGCACCACCAGGGCCCCUCCGAGGGACAGACACAGGCCCAGGUGCACACGCACCAUACCCAGUACUGCCACAUGCAGCAGAAUCCGCCCCCCUACCACCACCACCACCAUUACCACCCACCUCAGCACACCCAGCACGCACACCAGUACCACCACGUCUCCCACGGGGGGCACCCCCCGCACCCGCCCUACGUGGCCCAUGCCCACACGCCCCACGCCCACCCACCACUGCCCGCAUCCCACGCUGGGCACUCCACACACUCUGGGCACACAGCGCACCACCACGGACAGCAGUCUGCCCCUCCUCCUCCCACCAGCACGAAGCCCAAACACAGCGGCAUCAGCACAAUCGUCUAGACAGACCUGGGGGAUGGGCAAGGGGGUCUCGGACCCCCCCCUAUUGACUCUAGCACCAGAUAUCUGACACAGAGGCGCACCCGGUAGGCAGCCAGCAGCAUAUCAAACCCAGGGUGGAUUUGUGGUUUUUUUUUUUUCCCCUUGGCCCUGGAAUCAGACACUAUGAUUGAAUCCCAUAAGCUCACAAGGCUUGCAUUUUAGGAAAUGAAAUUCCUUUCAAUUAACCUUGUUGCCCUGGGCUUCAUUCACCUCCACCUUUGGGCCGGUCUUUGCCAUCAUUGGCCUUGAAAUGGUGCCACCUGCCAAGUAGAUGUUAAACUGCCCCCAGCUCCCUUGCCCUCGUUGGUUUUACAGGAAUAUGAAAACCCAACCUAGAAAAGAA